GGAGAAGGAGGAGGAGUGAGGGAGGGGAAACUAAACAAACCUAUGUCUGAGUCCUUCCAGUUUGCAAGACUAAGAGGAAGAGACGAGAUCCAACAAGUGCAUGGGAAGCCAAGGAGAAAGACGGAAAAAGGGAAUCUCUUGGUAUUUUUCAAGAAAAAUAAUCAGCAACAACUGUACGCAUUUAGGACAGUCGCGAGAGGAUAAGGCAGCAGAAGCAGCAAGUGCUGGGAUUUCUUUUACCUUGGCUGUGCAGCAUAUUAGUCCUACUGCGUGCUAUUUUCCUCGCAUAUUGCAGGGAAUGGUGAGGAGACGGCAGCCUCCCUUUCUGUGAAGGAGACUAGUUAUAACCUGGGUGCUGAUAAGGAUGGUGUAAGUGCCAGGCUGCUGGUCAGUGUUGGGAUCCCUGUCUUUUCUUUGCAUGUACAACAGGAGGCUGGUGCUGUGUCUCUGCAGCGGUGUCCUUUACACUGCUGAACUGCUACUCAACGAGCACAUCACUCUUAUAAACUUUGUCACGACAAGAAAAGCAAGGAGGAUCGUGGAUUUGAUGGUGUUUAUUGGAUUGUGCUAUUGUCCGCACUGCAUAAGAAGUGUUCGUUAGAAGGACUUAUUCCCAGCGCCCUGUGGAGCCGGACACGUGUGAGAAAGUCUGGGGGAGUGAGUAAGAGAGGGCUAAACGCAACGUUCCCUCAGUCUCUCCUGGCCCGGCACUGGGGCCGCUGUAGCUCACCCAGGGGCUGUGGCGGAGGAGCGCACAGCAUUAUUACCCAGGAAGAGGAGGAGAGGGAUAAAGAGGGAGGAGGGAAGAGGGAGGUGAAGGAGGAUGCUGCGGUUCCUGCGAAGGACCUUUGGCCGGCGCUCGAUGCAGCGGCACGGCGGGAGAGCAGCAGCUGGAGGCCGAGGUGGCGCUAGAUUUCGUGGGAGAGAUGAAAGGGACGGAGGGAUGAAGGCAGUUGGCGCUUCUGCUUCCCCUGGUGGUGUGGGGUUUUACCCACCCCCGACCCUGCUACCUCCCCCGAUGUUUAGCGGAGGAGCUGUGGUCCACAUCCCUGCGGCAGGUGAAAGUAAAUCGGUGCUGAGCUGUAAAGUGCAAUUGUUGGACGGGACGGAUGUCAGUGUGGACUUGCCGAAACAUGCCAAAGGACAGGAUUUGUUUGACCAGAUUGUAUAUCAUUUGGACCUAGUGGAAACUGACUAUUUUGGCCUGCAGUAUAUGGAUGCUGCACAAAUAUCGCACUGGCUGGACCCCACUAAGCUAAUAAAGAAACAAAUAAAAAUUGGACCGCCCUAUACUUUGCACUUUCAAAUUAAGUAUUAUUCAUCUGAACCUAACAACCUUCGUGAAGAGUUUACACGGUACCUUUUUGUAUUACAGCUUAGACAAGAUAUUCUUUCAGGAAGACUGAAAUGUCCUUACGAAACGGCUGUGGAGUUAGCAGCUUUGUGUUUACAAGCGGAGCUUGGCGAGUGUGAGCAUCCAGAACAUACCCCAGAGCUGGUGUCAGAAUUCAGAUUCAUUCAAAAUCAAACCGAGGCAAUGGAACUGGAUAUCUUUCAUAAAUGGACAGACUGCAGGGGUAAAACUCCAGCACAGGCUGAACUCUGUUAUCUAAACAAAGCCAAAUGGUUAGAAAUGUAUGGUGUUGAUAUGCAUUUAGUGAAGGGCAGAGAUGGAUGUGACUAUGCACUUGGGCUGACUCCAACAGGGAUUUUAAUCUUUGAAGGCUCCACCAAAAUAGGUUUAUUCUUCUGGCCCAAGAUAACCAAAAUGGACUUUAAGAAAAGCAAGUUAACACUCGAAGUUGUAGAAGAUGAUGAGCAGGGUAGAGAACAGGAGCAUACUUUUGUUUUUCGCUUGGACAACUCCAAAGUCUGUAAACAUUUGUGGAAAUGUGCAGUAGAACAUCAUGCUUUCUUCAGACUUCGAACACCAGCAAAUAAUAAACCCAAUCGAUCAGACUUUAUAAGGCUUGGAUCGCGGUUCAGAUUCAGUGGCCGAACAGAAUAUCAGGCAACUCAUGCAGGAAGAUUACGAAGAACUAGCACGUUUGAAAGGAGACCAAGCAAGAGAUACCCGUCACGAAGGCAGUCCACAUUCAAGGCAGCUAAUAAUCUUAUGAAGGCACCACAGUUCUGGACCCCCGAGAAAAGGAUUUACAGUGCUAAGAAUAAUUCGGAUGUACAGAAUUAUCAGCAACAAUACCUUCCAAGUAUACAACAAAAUCAGCAACACUGGCACCCUCAUAUGUCUACUAAUAUAAGGCCAUUUUCUCAUGAUGACAGGUUGUUUCGGAAAGCUUCCCCCAGUGAUGAUGUCAGCAAUGCACGGUACAUCCAAGAGCAGAAUCAGAAGAACCUAGGAGUCCCUGAAAUUGUGAUAUAUCAAGAUAAACUCAUGACAACUCUUUAAGAUUUGCAAAGCAAUACGUGUCUUUGGCAGUCUUGAUACCCAUUGCAUUCCACAAAGUCAUCUGUGUGUCCAAGUCUGAACAUAACUGUUGUUUAGACCACCUCUUAAUGCAAAAUUUACUGCCUGACAGUGUCUCCAGUCUUAUAAAUGCCUAUCACAUGUUCACUUUUUUUAACAUCUAGGUCUUAAAGGAAAAGUAACACUAA